CUCACAACUUCACAGACGACCUGACGUCUUUCACCAGCCAUUGCCGCCGCCCCGCACUCUCCACUCCACCGCAACCACCGCAAUCAUGUCCGACAACGAGAAUGGCGAUGAGAUGGUCACGAAGCCCUUCAAGUUCGUAACUGCUGGCUUCGACGCCCGUUUCCCCAACCAGAACCAGACCAAGCACUGCUGGCAGAACUACGUCGACUACCACAAGUGCAUCAUCGCCAAGGGCGAGGACUUUGCCCCCUGCCGCCAGUUCAUGCUGGCCUACAAGUCGCUCUGCCCCAGCGGCUGGACCUCGCGAUGGGACGACCAGCGUGAUGCUGGCAACUUCCCCGUCAACCUCAACCAGUAAAUUGCUCGCUGCGCCGAAGCCUGCGCGCAAACAUGUAAAGAGUUGGGGAAGAGUGGAUCACAGUCUGGCACAUGCACCUCAGUACUUGUACCAUAUCGAUCGACACAAUGCAGCUUUGAUUCACACCCUUCCGCAUUGAACAUGACCUUUGAUCUAACAAAUAUUCACUAAAAGCCAGAAGGGACGCAGUAUAGUCUCACAAUCCGCAGUUUGCAUGCU